GAGCCCUGCCCUGCCUGUGGAAUUGUCCUGAGUCAUCGCUUUGGGCUGAGGCCAUGGGAAUAAACCAUCCUGUGGCAGGGGAGGAGAGAGCCGUCAGCCCUGGCCUAUACCAGGGAGACCUGAGAAAGUGGGGCCAAGGAGUGGGUGCAAAGUGGCCACAGCAGGGGUUCCCGGCAGGCGUAAGUCCUGGAGCUAGCCUUCCCUGAUGGCCUGGGCACACUGCCCUCAUCCUCUGGGCUGGUUCUCAUGGUAUGAGGGCUCUGGCACAUUGUGCCAGCCAGCAGGCCCACAGCUGUAGGUCUGAGGCCUUCAGGGAGUCACGAGGGGGGAGGCUGGGGAGGGGCAGACCUGGCAGGCUGACAAGCAGGGCGGGCCUCGAUCAGGACAGCCCAUAGGCGGGCUCACGCUAAGUUUCGCUUCCCGCCACUGCUGCCAGCAGCAAGAACCAGCCAGACUGCACCCCGAGUCAUUGCUGCCUGCCUGCUACUCGGCUCGGCAGCAGGUACCCACCAUGGGCUCGCAGGCCCCACCGCCGGGUCCCGUGCAGACCCUUAUCUUCUUGGACCUGGAGGCCACUGGCCUGCCUUCCUCCCGGCCCAAGGUCACGGAGCUGUGCCUGCUAGCCGUCCACAGAUGUGCCCUGGAGAGCCCACCCACCCCUCAGGGGCAGCCUCCCACAGUGCCCUCGCCGCCCCGGGUGGUGGACAAGCUCUCUCUGUGCGUGGCGCCAGGGAAGGCCUGCAGCCCAGAAGCCAGUAAGAUCACGGGCCUCAGCACAGCUGUGCUGGCAGCACAUGGGCGUCAACGCUUCGAUGCCGACCUGGCCAACCUGCUCCAAGCCUUCCUGCAGCGCCAGCCACAGCCCUGGUGCCUCGUGGCGCACAACGGCGACCGCUAUGACUUCCCCUUGCUCCAAGCAGAGCUGGCUUUACUAGGUCUUGCCAGUGUUCUGGACGGUGCCUUCUGUGUGGAUAGCAUUGCUGCCUUGAAGGCCCUGGAGCAGGCCGGCAGCCACUCGGAGCACGGCCCAAGGAAGAGCUACAGCCUGACCAGCAUCUACACACGCCUGUAUGGGCAGGCCCCGCCGGACUCCCACAUGGCUGAGGGGGACGUCCUAGCCCUGCUCAGCAUCUGUCAGUGGAGGCCACAGGCCCUGCUGCGCUGGGUGGAUGCUCACGCCAGACCCUUCAGCACUGUCAAGCCCAUGUAUGGGGUCGUAGCCUCUGCUGGAACCAAACCAGGACCAUCUGCCACCGCAGCCACUGUAUCCCUGACUAGAGCCAGGGACACUAGUCCUAAGCUUGGCAGGGGCAGGAAGCCCAAAGCCCUUCUUCCAAUGGAGGGCCCUGGAGCCUCACCCAGGGAGGGCUUGCUGGCCCCACUGGGCAUGCUGGCCUUCCUGACCUUGGCAAUAGCCACACUGUAUGGGCUGUCCCUGGCCACACCUGGGCAGUAGGCCAAGAAGGAAAGUCUGACUAAUAAAGACGCCCCCGCAGCACUGA